AUGCCUACCCCAGCGUUUGGCCAAAGCGUUGUAAGCAAUAUAAGUAUCACCACGAUUGCGGAGCUUCUUCCAUUUUUUGACGGCGACGGUGGAAAAUUUGAGCGAUGGGAAAGACAGGUGCGUCUGUUAGCGGUUACGUAUAACUUGUCCGAGGAAAUGGGCAAAGUGCUGGUGGGUAGCAGACUUCGUGGUAAAGCCUUGGAAUGGUUUCACUCGAGGCCUGAAUUUUUAGAAAUAGGUACGCGCGAAUUGAUGGACAGGAUGCGUGAAAUGUUUUACCGACGGCCGAACAAAACCAUCAGGCGAAGAAAGUUUGAAGAGCGUGUAUGGCAGCCGAACGAACCUUUUAGCGAAUGCAUGCAUAAUAAGGUGAUAUUGGGAAAUAACGUGCCCAUUGAUGAAGACGAGAUGGUUGACCUCAUCAUCGAAGGAAUUCCUGAUGAAACGUUACGUAAUCAGGCGUACAUUCAAAGAUUUUCGUCGCCAGCAGUGUUGAUGGAAGUGUUCGAGAAGGUGAAAUUGAGAGGAACGAGCUACAGCAACAGAGGGCCCGUAAAUAGAAGUGCAGUAAAGGAGGAAAGCGGCAGAGGAUCUAUAGCCAAGGAGGAAAACAGCAGGACGUGCCAGCCACAAGGACAUCUGAAGCCAGCUACAUCGGGACGAAGAUGCCCAAGUUGUGGGUUAAUGGGACACCAGCUGUCCGAGUACCCGACCAGGGAAAAAGGCGUCAAGUGUUUCGAGUGCCGAGGGUACGGACACAUUUCAGCCCGUUGUCCGACAAAAUUAACACCAACCCGCAGCAGUUACAACGUAGACCAGUCAACAAAAUACGAGAAAGAAGCGGUAAUUCAUGGACACAAGGUAACAGCUGUAAUUGACACGGGAAGCGAUAUUUGUUUAAUGCGUGCGUCGGUACAUGCGGAAUUAGGCGCGCCGCGACUACAACGAACGGGUUUACGAUUCCGUGGAGUAGGAUCUAACAACAACGCAACGUGGGGUGCUUUUCAGACCGAUAUUUUUGUAGAUAACGAUUUGUAUCCGAUAACUGUUCACGUGAUUGCCGACCGACUUAUGCAACCUGCACUAAUUAUAGGCGCUGAUUUCUUACGGAAUGUAAAUGUUGCGAUUCAGAAUAACCGCGUUUCUAUAUCUAAGAUGGAUAAAGACAUUUCGGCAGCGGAAAACGUCCCGGAAGUUUACAAUAUUGUUGCGUAUGACUCCUUGGAAGUAGAUACUUCGUAUAUUAUAAAUCGUAAAGAUCGUUGCGAAAUAGAAAAAAUAAUAAGUAAUUAUAAGCCGUGCAAAAAUCCUGAGCCUCGAUCGUCGAUGAAAAUUAUUCUUCGGGAUGAGGAACUGAUCUAUCAGCGUGCAAGGCGAUUACCACCGGUUGAUAGGAAAGAAGUUAAUAGACAAGUCUCUUUGUGGUUAGACGAAGGCAUCAUACGACCGUCCUUAUCAGAUUUUGCGAGUCCCAUAGUGUUAGUUAAGAAGAAGGAUGGUUCGAAGCGGUUGUGCGUAGAUUAUAGACAAUUAAACAAGAAAACGAUCAGAGACCGCUAUCCUCUACCCCUCAUAGAAGAUCAACUAGAUAUGUUGCAGGGGUCAAAAUUAUUUAGCACGUUAGAUCUUAAAAAUGGAUUCUUUCAUGUAGAAGUCGAGGAAUUCAGCCGAAAAUACACCGCUUUUAUAACGCCUGACGGUCAAUACGAAUUCUGUCGCGUGCCGUUUGGACUAACGAAUUCACCGGCAGUCUUUCAAAAAUUUAUUAACAACGUAUUUAGGCAGCUAAUAUCGCAAAAUAUAAGCGGUAAGACGACGGAGGCUGAAUCGAAGUAUAGCAGCUACAAAUUAGAAAUACUAGCAGUAGUAAGAGCACUCAAAAAAUUUCGCGUGUAUUUGCUUGGGAUACCGUUUAAAAUAAUAACCGAUUGUAGAGCGUUCACACUAACGAUGAAUAAAAAAGAUCUCUGCGUCCGCGUUGCCAGGUGGGCUCUGUUAUUAGAAGAAUUUCAUUACACUAUUGAGCAUCGGUCAGGUAGCAGCAUGCGUCACGUUGACGCGCUAAGUCGUACUCCAGUGUCGUCGUGA